AUGGCGUCAGCAGGUCCUUCGAAAAUCUUAGGUGACUAUUCAACUGACAAAUGUAUAUCUUCUGGUGCAAGUAACAUGUCUCUUGAUGAAAGUAAUACUUCUAUUCCUGCUAAUAAUAUCAAUAUGAAUCAAGACGAUGCGUAUAUUAAUUCUCCAUCACCCUCAUCGACUACAACAACAAGCACAAUUGAUAGUCCAUUCAAAUAUCGUUCAUCAAGGUUUAGAGAUUCUUAUCGUCCACCAUUGGCUUCCAAACGUCGCUAUCGAUAUGAUAAAUUAUUUCAUCUUACACAUUCACUUAAUCGACAAUACGUCGUAGCAAUGACAAAUGUACUUUUUCAAAUGCAGAAAGAAAUUUAUAAAUUAAAGAGACGUGCAUAUCAUGUUGAACAUAUACUUGCUAAACAAAAAGCUUCUGAUCAUCCAAUUAUCCGUAUUCCACGUUUAACAAAAGAUGAAAUUUCAACGAUAUGUGUUAAAGACAAUGAAAAUCAACAAACUAAUGUUUCGAAAAUUUCUGAAGAAAAUGAAAACAAGACUGAUUCACAACGAACAACAAUAAAAAAUAUAAAGCCUUUAAAUGAAUAUACAACUCAUACUGAAAGUUCAAUAACAAUAGACGACAAACAUCGGACAGAUGAUAAUAGAAUUCAUCGACGAAAACAAUUAAAUCCUAAAAACAAAUAUUGUUCCAGAUGCCAGCAUGAAUUUUCACACCGAUCAGCUUAUUUACGGCAUAUGAAAAAAAUUCAUCAAGGCAAAUUUCAAAUUAUAUCUAGUAAUAAUUGUAUAACAGAAAAUGACAAUAAUCAUAACGAAACAAAUAGUUUAAUUAGUGAUCAAUCGAUUGCUUUUUCGGAAACAGAAAAUGGUACAGAUCAUGAUACAUUACAACUUUUAGUGAAUCAAUGGGACAUUGGAGAAGGUCGGCUACGUCCAAGACCAUCAUCUAAAUUAAAUCAUGAGCCAAUCAAUAAAAUAAAAUGCGAUAUCUGCCACAAAUUCUUUCGUGCUGAAUAUAUUAGGAAACACAAAAGGCGUACUCAUCAUGUCACACAAAGUUUUUCUUCAAGCGAAUUAAAUGAUGAUUGCAAUAAAACAAAAUUCAGUGCCAAUCAACCCAUGGAUGAUAUUCAACUCAUAACUAGUGAAUCAUCUACGAAUAAUACAAAUCCAUCAUCAACUAUAACUGUAGCUGAAAUGGAAUCAUAUGAAAUACCAAUUCUAUUUCCUAUAGAUGGAAAUAAGCCAAUUGUGAUUUCUAUCACAUGUCUUGAACGUUAUCAAUUAGAUAUUGUUGGUGAAUUUUUAAAAAAGUUUCCAUCUCGUGUUUCUCAAACAACAUUAAUCAAUUCUCAAACAACACAUGUAAUAACAAAUGAUGAUCAACAUGAAUUACGUUCUCCAUUAUCAAUGAAAUUCAUUGAAGCUAUAGCUAAUCAUUGUUUUUGUGUUUCAUAUCGUUGGGUAAUGGAUUGUCUUAAAUAUGAUCGCAUUGUUGAUGAAAGUCCUUAUGAAAUUGAAGGCGAUGGCACGGAUCAUCAUCCUCAUGGAGGUCCAAAACGUUCACGUUUAGUUGAAAAACGUCAUUCACUUUUUGAAAAUAUAUGUUUUAUGAUAAAAUGUACGGAAGAUCACGAAAUUAAAAUGACAAACGAUCGUUUAAAAGAAUUGAUAACAAUGUGUGGUGGACAGAUCAUAACUUGCGUUACCCAAAGUUUACUUGAUCAAUAUGAAAUUGUUGUUCUCUGUGAUAAAUUGUAUGUAUCUGAACGACGUCAUAACUAUGAUCAAUGUCGUUCAUUGGGUAUUCACUUUGUAUCGUCCGAUUGGGUUCUUGAAUCGAUACUUGAAUAUCGACCAAAAUUAUUUUCGCUAUACGAGGAAACGCCGUUAUAA